CUUCAUCUGUUCCAUUGCUUCCUAAGGGAACUAUUUAUCUUUGUGUUCUCAUUAUAUAUAUAUGUACAUAGGGAUUAUUUCUGUUUCGAACAAAGUCUUUUAUUUGAAUGGCGGUGACUAGAAAGUUUCAAGUGAAAAUCAGACCAUUGAAGCUAGAAUUAUUAGGAGUUGAUGAUUUUGAUGGGGGGAAUCAAGAACCAAGAAAAGUGAAGGCCAUGGCAAUCAAGAUGAAGUGGAAAGGUGAACCCAAGUUUGGUUUAGUCCCAUUUCAUAAGCAUAAGAAAGAUUUCACUAGUCGAAGAAUUAUGAAGAAAGGAAUACAAGCUAAUUCUAUUGAAUGGGAUAAUGAUGCAGAUGAGUUUGAGAACGUUUGUUGUUUUACAGAGGUUUCUGGUUGUUAUCAGAGUCUAAAAUAUUCACCAUGGGAUGUCGCAUUUGAUGUUUUAUAUACAACUAGUUUGGAGAAUUCGUCGGCGAAAAUGGUGGCGAUUGGGAAAGUGGUGGUUAACGUUGCAGAAUUAGCUGCAAGAAAGUUGUCUGAACUUGAAGAGAAGCUUCCCAUUACUUUAAAUAUUGGUAGAACUUCCAUAUUAGCUAAGCUCCAUGUCAAAGUAACAUUUGCUGAGAUCAGAGAUUAUCAAGACCCGACGUGUCGUAUCCGUGAUUCAAACGAGUCAAGUCAGCUGCAAUAUUUGACAAAGAGUAAUAGCACAUGUCACACAAAGGGACAGAAGCUGAGUCAAGAAGAUGACUCGGACGAGUCAUCCACAUUUGAAACUCAGGCUGACUCAGUGAAGAAAGUAGGGUGGUUCUCUUGGAAGAGAAGGAGAUUGAGUCUGAGACCUACCAGGAGUAAAGAAGAACCAUUCAUUAAGAGGACUCGUAGCUUUAAUGUUGACGCAUCACUCAACCAACAGAAUGUGGAGAAGCCUGAGCUUUCUACUGAAUCAAGGGACCAAAAUGAAGGCAGCAGCAAAAAGUCUGCUUGGGAAGUGAAGGAAUUAGAGAGUAGGGACGGGCAAACAAGGCUCAAAACCAAUGUCUUCGUUGCAUCUUUCGACCAAUGCAGCGACAAGGCUGCUGGUGAGAGUGCAUGCACAGCACUAGUAGCUGUUAUCUCCCAUUGGCUGCAAUCUAAUAGUGAUGCAAUGCCCACGAGAUCAGAAUUCGAUAACCUCAUACUACAGGGUUCGUCAGAAUGGAGAAAGCUAUGCCAGAAUGACACUUACAUUAAUGAUUUCCCUAACAAGCACUUUGAUUUAGAGACUGUCCUGCAUGCUGGUAUUCGACCUAUAGCCAUCUCGCAUGAUCAAUCCUUUGUUGGAUUCUUUAGCCCAGAGAAGUUCGAAUCAUUGCAAGGAGUAAUGUCAUUUGAUCAGAUAUGGGACAAGAUUAGUAGCGUUCCAGAUGUCAUUGAAGUUGAACCUAGAGUUUAUAUAAUAAGUUGGAACGAUCAUUUCUUCAUAUUGAAGGUGGAAGCUAAUGCUUAUUACAUUAUUGAUACAUUGGGAGAACGGCUAUUUGAGGGUUGCAGCAAAGCAUACAUUUUAAAGUUUGACGAUAACACUAUGAUGUAUGAGAAGGUUGCAGAGGACAAGUCACAGAAAGAUGAGCCUGAGGCUAAGGAAGAGAUGAUAUGCAAGGGGAAAGAAUGCUGCAGAGAAUUCAUCAAGAGAUUUCUCGCGGCUAUCCCUCUAAAGGAACUCGAGGAUCAAGAGAAAAAGGAGACAGUUUCUUAUUUUUCUCUUCAUCAUCGGUUGCAGAUAGAGUUCAACUUCAGCUACUUGCUAUCUUCUUCUUCGUCGUCUUUGACAUCAUCACCUUUCUUUUCUUCUGCUACUUCUACACCUCCUUAUUUGUAGGAUGUACAUUGAAGUUGCCUAGUGUGUAUUUGUAUCACAGUACUGUAAAUUUGCAAUUAUGAGCAUACUCUCUUCCACAGCGAAGAGACAUUGUACACUAAUGCUUUUAGAGAUGCUAUAUCUAACAUGAUUAGACCUGGUCAUAAAAGUGA